AUGCCGUUAAAACACAAGUGUGCCCCUCUUUUCAAAUUUGAAACUGUAGAUUGUCAAGUAUCGGCAUGGAGUUACUGGGAUGGAUGCAGUGUACGUUGUGGCAUUGGCAUCAAGACGAGAACACGAUCAGUAAUCACACAGCCACAAAACUCAGGCCAGAAAUGUCCACCAUUGCGACAGGUCAAAGCUUGCUUCAGCAGUUACUGCGAUAUUACCAAUAAAUACGGAAAUAGUGUUGCUUUAAUUUUACCUUAUCAUUUGGGAGUGAAACGCGACGAAGCACAACACAACGCAGUCAACAACUUCUUUUACCGAGAUCGAAUGACAUUCAAGAGUUACUGUGUAUAUUUCAAAGUAAGGCAUGUAAACAAACGUUGUUAUACAGAUAGUGAAAGUUGGACAUCUAGUCUAAGGAAACCAAAGAUAGCAUGUGUUGAGUGUGACCGCCCCGCUUACGGGACCGACGGCCAUUGCAACGGUGAGGGAACCCUCAAAGAGAAAACUCGCUUCGUCGCUGUCGACGUCAAGGGUUGCCGAGGUCGUUGGAUACAGCAAUCCAUCGAAAGUGACUGCAAAUGUAACACCGGAGAAGAUUAUAUAUUUGUUUAGUAGAUGAUUAAUAUUUACCCUCUCGUUAUAUUAUUAUAACUCGUAAUGAUUCUUAUUCUAUAGGCUGUAUUUUUCUCGUCUCUUUCUUUAAGUUCUUAACUUUGCUCCAUAUUUUCGAUAUGUAUUUUUCGCUCGGGUACUGUAAAAUAAUUAUUUGGAUGAUAGGCGUAUCAAGACCAUGUGAGUUUCAUAAAUGAUGUAUGCCAUGUUAUUAUCACAUAUAAAUUACUAUGCGAUUUUCAGAAUGUCUUCGCAUUUACUGGUUUUGAAACAUUUUCCUUUUUCUUUUUCUUCGAAGUAAUGCAAUACAGGUUUGGAUUAAACUUAAGCCCACCACCGACAUAUGUCUGUAUCAAACAAACACUAAAAACAAAAUAAUUUAGAUAGUAUGUAAUAAAUUUAUUUGUUAAAAUUAAAGCUAGUUGAAACAUAAUCAAUCGAAACCAGUAUCAGUUUGAUAUGAAAAAAAUGAUUGAAAAAUACCUAUUUUUGUUUUGACAGAGUAAUUCAUAUUUUAUAGGUUAAUGUGAUUAAAUGUUAUAAUUUUGCAUAAUGAAUGUAUAAUAUUUCACAGCAGUCCAUUGCUUUACAUAGACAUAAUUAUGUCAACCUUAUUUGACUGCUAAAAAAAAAAAUCGUUUUUUAUAUUAAUGAGUAUAUUGGCAGAUUUCAUGAGAAAAUUAGCUAAAAAUGUCUGAUGUCUAGUAAAAUUGGUAGACAUUUCCAAUGUAAUAAUAAAGAAUAUUUAAUUGUGUAGGAUACAAUAUGUUACUGUGUAUAGUAGUUACGUAAAAUUCAAGCAGAUUUUUUUUAUCACUUGAAUUAUUUAAACUGUAUUGACAAUGUUUAACUUAAAAUCAUGGUCUUGAUACAUUACAUAAAAUGUUUUAAUGUGUAUUAGAAAGAGGUAAUUAAAGAAAAUUAUAUUCAGCAAUAAACUUUUAGACGUACAGCAGAACACCAGAAAGUAUUCAUACGAUCCGUUUUCAAGAAUUUGGACCAAAUCGGCAACAUCUCAGUCAAAUUUUUGUAUUGAGUCCUGUAAAUAUUGGUCUGUUGAGUGUUUUUAUACACACUUUAGUCAAACCGGUACAUUUUCGGCAUUACUAUUUGAAACGGUGAGGCGUAUACACGGUGAAACAGAGUAUGCGCUGUUUCAUUCUAUCGAGUUAUGAUAAUAGGUAUGUUUUAAUGCUGGUUACACGACAAGUGUUUAAUAACUUCGCGAAGAGUCUUAUUGAUGUACUAUGUUAUAAAGAACACAAAAUGUUGCAUUUUAUGUGAAGGUGCUAUCGUUUGUCACGUGUAUAUACUAUUUUCCCCUGCAUGUUAUUAAUGCCUUUUAGACUUGUAUUUAUAUUGAGAUAUCAUUCGUUUUGCAUAUAAACAUUUAUCACUAGCUUCUUACUUGUAUCGUUCAAAGUUUAUAGCGAUAGAACUGCCAUUAUGUAUUAUUCUAUUAAAAUGGGUUUUUAUUGUUCUGCUGCACGUUCGAAAUCUAUCUUGGUUUUUUUUUCUUUAUAACUAUGAUGUAGAUUUCCGAGGGAGUGUUAGAUUUCGUACUGUAAAGAGGAAAAUAUUUUUUUCAACUGCUGUGCUUUUUAAUGAUUGAAUCUCAGAUAGAAUAGAAGAGAACUUUAAAUUUGCUAUCAAUAUUA